AUGAAUGUCGGGCCGCAUUAUCUACGGGGCCCUUUGAGGUCUUCCUUGAGUAGACUCAAGGGCAAAUCUCUAUCAGGAGUGGCAUUUUCUUCCACUGGCUUCUUGGCCACAUCCCCCCGUUGUCGCAUGCCUAUUCGGAUCCAACCACGACUGUAUACAACAAGCUCCCCGAAAAGUGGUAGCAGUCAAAAUGGAAACCGUGCCAUGCUUGCCUUUGCUUUAACGCUGUCUGGCUCCGCCGCAGUGGCGAUACUUUGGUAUGGGCGGCGUCCAGACACUGUGAGAAUGGACUGGGGGCCGAAAAAGAAAACCGGCGCUGUGAAUCCAAGCCCUGCACCAACUUCAGGUAAACCGGUACCACCCAAUGACUCGGCAGAAAAGCCUUUUCCUGUGGAGUCACCAGGGCCAACGUCUACCGGGCGGUCCCUCUCGUUUGUGCCGGCGGGCGAUACGGAAACCGAUCAUGCAGUUCCCAAACCCUAUGAAGUUAUUGGAAAGGCACCAGUAGACAUCUCACAAUUCCCUGUGGAGCAGGCGAUACUCACAACGGCGCCGUUCGUUCCUCCACCGAUCACUCGAGACUACCCAGUUUUGCUUCAGGUCCCAUUAAAAACGACUACUAAGUUGUCGCAGCUCACGAGCGUAUAUAAAUAUGAAACAUGGACCUUUAAUGAUUCGGUUCCAGGGCCGUUUAUUCGAGCGCGAGCCGGCGACGUCUUGGAAUUGACAAUAACAAACAAAGAUGUUUCCGGGAAUCCACACAAUAUCGACUGUCAUGCGUUCAUCGGCCCAGGAGGCGGGUCAGCACUGACAACGGUGGAGGAGAAUCAAACCAAAACAGCCCGGUUUAGACUUCUCUACCCCGGACUAUACGUCUACCAUUGUGCAGCGGCGCCAGUACCGGUUCACAUCGCGAACGGCAUGUACGGGAUGAUAUACGUGCAGCCAGCAGAAGGCGACCUCCCACCGGUAGACAAGGAAUAUUUCGUCUUGCAAAGUGAAUUUUACCACGAACCUCCAGAGGUUGACGACGACGGCCGACCCUCGCCUAUCGUGGAGUUUUCCUAUCCGAAUGCAUUGCGCGAGGAACCGAAUGUAGUAGUCUUCAACGGCAGUGAAUCUGCCUUGACUCGAGACAAGCCUCUGAAGGCAAACACCAAUGAAACUGUGCGCAUCUUCUUUGGGAAUGCCGGACCGAAUUUAACAAGCUCUUUCCACAUUAUCGGGAGCAAUUUCGAAAAGGUCUACCGUGAGGGCGAUGUGAUAAGCCCGCCUGGAAACUGCAUCCAGACUGUCUCCGUACCUCCCGGCUCUGCUACCAUCGUUGAUAUGGAGAUGGUUGUUCCGGGGACAUAUGCUCUCGUGGACCAUGCCAUUUUCCGUAUGGAUAAGGGUGCAGUAGGGUACCUGAAUGUCUCUGGUGAACCAAGACCCGAUAUAUAUGGAAGUGCACUGCCCCCAGAGCCUUGUGUUGGGUGCAAGCUGCAUCCUUGA